UGCCCGCCGCUGCCGCCGAGGCCGCGGAGCCGGUGCGGAGCGCAUGAUGGAGGCGCCGCCGGUGACCAUGAUGCCCGUCACGGGCGGCACCAUCAACAUGAUGGAGUACCUGCUCCAAGGGAGCGUGCUGGACCAGAGCCUGGAGAGCCUCCUGCACCGCCUGCGCGGGCUGUGCGACAACAUGGAGCCCGAGACCUUCCUGGACCACGAGAUGGUGUUCCUGCUGAAGGGGCAGCAGGCCAGCCCCUUCGUGCUGCGCGCCCGGCGCUCCAUGGACAAGAGCGGCAUGCCCUGGCACCUGCGCUACCUGGGACAGCCCGAAAUCGGCGACAAGAACCGCCACGCGCUGGUGCGCAACUGCGUGGACAUCGCCACGUCCGACAACCUGACGGACUUCCUGGUGGAGAUGGGUUUCCGCAUGGACCACGAGUUCGUGGCCAAAGGGCACGUGUUCCGCAAGGGCAUCAUGAAGAUCGUGGUGUACAAGAUCUUCCGCAUACUGAUGCCAGGAAACACGGAGAGCAUUGAGCCGCUCUCCCUCUCCUACUUGGUGGAGCUCAAUGUAGUCGCGCCAGCAGGACAGGACAUUGUUUCUGAUGACAUGAGGAACUUUGCUGAGCAGCUGAAGCCUCUAGUACACCUGGAGAAAAUAGACCCCAAAAGACUAAUGUGAUUGAAAAUCUGGGCCAUUAAGGCAUUGUUUUUGUGUUUCAGAAAAGGAUGUUUUUCUAAAAGGUUUUUUUGUGGGCAAAUCAAAGCAGGGAGAAGGGAAUAAAGUACUAUAUAUCACUUUUGGCAGUUAUAAUUACUGAGUGUUUUUUUCCUUCACUUGUGAAUUUGAACAAAAGUGGACACUUUAAAUUAGCACUGUCAAAAAAAAUCAGUAAAUGUUAAUACCGACAGUUUCCUUCUCUUGCAUGGGAGAUAACUUAAAAAGCCUAUUGCCUAACACUAAAAAUGUCAAGACUUACUGGAAUUCAUCCCUCUGUGUACCCAGAUCCAACUACUGUCUUAAGAUUUUUAGAGCACAAUUUGUGUCUCCUACCUAGUAAUCCAAAACUUUUUCUUUUCAGUAAUAGAUGAAGUUAAUAUAGUUUAAUGCAAGAGGUGCUGUUUCACACAGGCAUUAACACAGAAACUGCUAUAUAAAAGAGCAACUAACUGUACACCUCUUCACCAAACUUUAUAUGACAGGAACAGCUACUUGUUAGGGAAACUCUUUCUUCUGAUGUAACCAAAGUUAGAGUUGGAAGAAAAUCUAGUAAUAUUAACAUUUGCAAGUGGUUUUCACAUCUUUCGACAGUGUUCCAUUAUUUUCACUGGAAUUGGUUAGGACAGUCUUAGUUAAUAACAAAGUAAAUUACCAGGUACUUUUUAUUACUGAAUUUCUCACAGCUGACAGCUAUAUUAAAUAUUGAAAUGUUAAGUGCUUUAUAGAAAAAAAAAAUAUUCACAGUUUUUCAUUAAAAAUGUAUUACAAACAAAUCAGCAUCUGUUACUUGAAUUACUGAUGAUUUUGCUUAGCACCUCUCUUAGCAGGAUGGUUAGUUACCCUAGUAGUGUCAUGAUAAUUCAGUGUUUUUUGAAUUAAGUUUGAGAGUUUUCAGGUACAGUUCAGUCAAAUAAAAGCCAGGAAAGAUAAAGGAGCUAAUUUAAAUUUCUCAGGUUCUUUGCAGAGGUCAACCAUUUCACCCAUUGUUAAAGUGUUCCAAGCUCCAUCAGAAACGUUGCCACCCUUCAGCACCCCAAGUGCUUUAUGAAACAACUAAAGGCAGGGGCCACUCUCAGAAGAAGCUUCGGAAGGUUUUUAAUAGCUACAUUUUCAACUGGAUCAGUGCUGCAGGCUCCGAUGUGGGGCGUGGGGAGGCCUUGAUUACUGGGGUGGUACUUGAGCACCCUCAGGCUGAAGACAGAGCAGUGAUUUCCAACAGGGCAGCAGUGAGGCAUCACCAGCAUCACUGCUCAUUACCUUGACUACAGGUAUUUUCUGGAGGGUACAAACACACCUGCGGUUCUGCUCAUACUUGGGCAUGGCUCAC